AUGACUCAGGAUUCCACCAGUAGCGGUAGAAAUGAGUUGAAAAAGCCAGAGGCAAGCAUAAGGUUUUUGACUUUCAAUACUUGGGGACUCAAAUGGGCUUCAAAACAUAGAAAGCAAAGAUUGAGAGCCAUUGCAGAUGAGUUGGCUGGCAUAUCAUGUUCCGUGCCAUUAACGGGUAGCGAUUUCCUUUAUGGCAGUUCGAGCGGUGAGGAACGAGCCAAUGAUUACGAUGUUGUAGCUUUGCAAGAGAUCUGGUGUAAGGAAGACUGGGAUUAUAUAGCCGCAAAAUGUUCCGAGGCGUUCCCCUACCAGAGGAUUUUUUACUCGGGGAUUAUAGCUGGUCCUGGUCUUGCCAUCCUUUCGAAGAUUCCGAUUCAAUCGACUUUUCUGUAUCGCUUCCCUAUUAACGGUAGACCCAGCGCUGUGCAUCGUGGCGAUUGGUAUGUAGGCAAAUCAGUGGCUAUCACACUGCUACAACCAGUGGAUCACAAAACUCACCCAGUGGCCAUUUUGAAUAGCCACAUGCAUGCGCCUUACGCCCUAACCGGCGAUGCCGCGUAUGCUUGUCACAGGUCUUGUCAGGCAUGGGAUUUUAGCAAAUUGGCGAACCUCUACAAGAAGGCCGGAUAUGCUGUUAUUAUUUCAGGAGACCUUAACUCGAGACCAGGCUCACUUCCUCACAAAUUCCUAACAAUGGAGACUGGUUUGGUCGAUUCGUGGGAGCAGCUGAACGGGAAGCAAGAUCUGCAACUAAUUGCCAGACAAAGACCUUUGGAGCAGCUGAAAUAUGGCUGCACGACCUGUGACUCUCUACUCAACACUUGGAGGGCCUCGCGCAAGCCUGACGAAGCCUGCAGACUUGACUACGCAUUGAUAGAUCCCGAACGGCUGCAGACCCUUGACGCCGGUGUCAGAUUCACUGGGAGAAUUCCCAACAUCGGGAGCUUCUCAGACCAUUUUGCCUAUACUUGUACCUUGAAACUGCUGCCCAAACGGGACCCUGUGACCGUCGAUUCGAUGAGUGAUGGUCGUGGAUCCAGAGAGCUGUUAUUUCGUAAAUUCGCGAAUUACGAAGAAAUGAUACAGUGCAUCGCAAGCUAUAGAGUCGUGGCAAUGAGACAGAAGCUUUUCAGGUGUUUGCAUUUUUACUUUUCGAUCCUGCUGCUUAUCGGUGCCCUAGUUGUGACAACUUUUACGGCAAACAAGGCCGGUUGGUCCUCGAUUUUCUGGGUCCUGUUUGCAAUCGUGGUUUCAGUGACAGGAACAAUUGACGGCUUUAUUUCCUUUCUAUUUGGCAGGAAAGAGUUGCGAGCCCUCAAAGAGGUCGAGGAGGAAGUGUUAUGUGCCCAAAGAUAUCUGAAAGCUCUUCUUAAAGAAAAAACAAAGUGA